CGUAGCGCAGAAUUAGAAUUGAAUUGAGAAUUCGCACUCGCAGAUGUUCAUUUGUUUAUUAGUCACAGACCACGUUUUAUUGUUUUCUUUCUUAUUAUUUCUACGAUGGUGAACGUUAGUGAAUCUGCUGUUGAGAGUAUCGGCAAGGUUCUCAACAAUGCUUCGCGGCCCAUGAAAGAGCGCUUUCGGGCGCUAUUUACACUGAGAAAUAUCGGCGGCGUGUCGGCGAUUGAGUGCAUUAGCCAGUGUUUCGGGGAUGAAUCGGUGCUGUUAAAACACGAGCUAGCCUACUGUUUAGGCCAAAUGCAGGAUAAAAGGGCUAUACCUAUUCUGAGGAGCGUGUUGGAGGAUAUAAAUCAAGAUCCCAUAGUGCGCCAUGAGGCUGGUGAAGCUCUAGGUGCAAUUGGUGAUCCAAAUCUUCGUGAGCUGCUUGAGAAGUACCAACAUGACCCAGCAGUCGAAGUAGCGGAGACAUGCCAAAUAGCCCUACAAAGACUAGACUGGGUUGCGAAUGAUACCCAGAAAGAGAACAUAUCAAAGAGCUUGUAUGCAUCCGUGGACCCAGCUCCGCCCAGCACAGAGAGUGAUAUUUCCAAGUUAAGUCAGAUACUGAUGGAUGAGACUAAACCUCUAUUUGAGAGGUACAGGGCUAUGUUUAGCCUUAGAAAUAUUGGGACCACAGAAAGCAUAAAAGCUUUGGGUGAAGGAUUCAAAGCCAGCAGUGCUCUGUUCCGGCAUGAGGUAGCGUUCGUUUUUGGCCAGAUGCAGGAUGAGCGAAGUGUGCCAUUCCUGGUCAAAACCCUGGAGGACACAAAUGAGCAUGAGAUGGUCCGCCAUGAGGCUGCAGAGGCCAUGGGAUCCAUUGCCACGGAAGAGUGCACCGAGGUUCUGAAAAGGUAUUUGAGUGACCCCCGGGCCGUGGUCCGCGAGAGCUGCGAGGUGGCCCUAGACAUGUCGGAGUACGAGAACAGCCCCGAGUUCCAAUACGCCAACACGUUGCUGGCCGUCCAGGCGUGAGGACCGUAGUUAUAACUGCGAACUAUGAACGUUGGGUCGUCUGUU